UAAAAAUGAGGAUGAGUUGCAGAUGAAUUAGGGUUUACUGAAAUUCCUGCUGAGGGAAACAAUGGCGUCCUCGUCGUCGAGAACUCUCAUUCGAACUAGCUUCUCUUUGAUGACUCGGUUGAUGAGCCAAAAUUCGACACGAAAUACACAGCAAUUGGUUUCUCAGACUCCGGAGAUCACUCCGAAGCUCUUCCCUUCCAUAUCCUCUGAGUCUCAGGCUCCACUUAAUUUGCCCGAAAGCAAUGCGGAUUUGUGCCGAAAGCUCUCAUCGGAGGGUUUUCUGUACCCCUGUGGCCUCCCUUCUCUCCGCUUCUUCCUUCCCGAGGUGACACCAGGAGAAACUUCUUCAAGUGAACCACUUCUUUGUCACACUAAGAGAACGUACCAACCAAGUAACAUCAGGCGUAAAAGGAAUCAUGGAUUUCGUGCCCGCAAAGCUACAGUGGGUGGCCGAAGAGUUAUUGCUCGGAGAAUUGCCAAGGGACGUGCACGAAUAGCAGUAUAGCUACAUAAACAAUACACCAUAUUGCAACUGUGGAUCCAAUUAAGGUCACUAGAAGGUUGAUAUAGUGCAAUAUCGAGCCCAGGCGACACCCAAGACACUGCCCUGUUUCUGCUUGCAUCUAAUCAUUAGUCUUUGCCUUGUUCAUCUCAUAAUCUUAUGGAUUUCAUGUUGCUGCUCAAAAUUCUUGAACUGUAGUAAUUUUUAUGUGAUAGGUGGUAUUUCUUUUGCCAUGGCAGUGACUUUUCACCCUUUUUCAUCUUGAUGUAUGCAUGAUGCAAAAUCAGAAACUGUUAUAAGUUGGUAGAAUAAACAGAAAUAUUUUCCACAA